UGGAGAAAACAUCUUCCUUUGACGUCAGCUGAUAUCUCUUCAUAACCCAACAGCUCUUUUAAGAGCUAAAAAACUUGGACGCAAUGCCUUUCUGCGCCCCCUGGAGGAGGCCACAGGCCGAAUCCAGUACCCUCUCUGAGAUUUAUAAGCCUCCUGACGGUCGGCUGACCAAGGAUGUGCUUCUUGGAGUGGGCGGCACCGGAGACGUCUACAAGGGUCGUCACCAUCAUAGAGGCGUGGUAGCGGUGAAGAUCGCCAACAUCAGCCGAGAUGAAGAGUCAGUCUGCAGGGAGCUGAAGUUUCUCCAGCAGUUCGGCGGCCACAAUAACAUCGCCUCUUACUAUGGAGCCUACUACAGGGCUCCACUCACGGAGUGCUCAUCGGAGCUCUUGGAAAUUGUUCUCGAGUACUGUGGUGGAGGCUCUCUCCAUAACCUCAUCCACAAGACCAAUGGCCAAUCCCUGAAGGAGACCUGGAUCGGCUAUGUCUGCAAGGAGGUUUUAAAGUAAGGCCAGAUUUACACCUUAAGGACUCUUCUUGUUGCAUAAAUUAUAUAUAUACAAUCUCUUUGUUGGGAAUGUUUAGUCUUAUGUCUGUUAUAGUCUUAUAACCUACAUCUCAAUCUCCCCAGGGGCUGCACCACAUCCACAAGAACCGGGCCGUUCAUAGAGACAUCAAGAGCCUGAACAUCAUGCUCACAGAGACGGCCAAAGUCAAGAUCAGUGAGUAAAACUUACAGAUAUAAGAGUAAUGGCUGGUUGGGAGCUUUUGUGAAUAUGGAGUCAGGGUGUUUCAUAAUUCAGGUUUCUUAUCUUAUUGUGGUUAAACAAGUUAUUUUCCAUUAAUAGAUUCUAUCUGUCAUUUCAGUCGACUUUGGAAACAGCUGGAACCUGGACCCGCAGACAGGAUUGUGCCAUGAAGCAGACGGGACUGCACAUUGGAUGGCACCCGAGGCCAUAAGGCAGAAGGGCCAGCGCCUGGCGUACGACACC